UCACUAAUUUUCACAGGGGCGUUUGUGGUAAUUAUUUUAACACCAUACCUUUUCAGCAAUUCGAAAUUACACAAGGGUGGUAAUUGCAAAACAAAACCCAAAAAUAUAUAUACACGCCGACUGGUACCACCGGCGGUGGCAAUACAUAUCCCAUAAAGAACGCCGAACAUGAGUCACAGCAGCAAGCAGAAGCAUGGCCGAUUCAAGAAAGAUAACCACCGUCCCACUUCCCACGGGCAAUCAAACUACAGGGAUGAAGAUGAUGGGUCUUUGCCGACUGAUCCAGCAGCAGCUGAGGAGGAGGAAGAGCAACAAGUUCCUGCGAUUCAGCUCGCGAUGUGGGAUUUUGGACAAUGUGAUGCAAAGAGGUGCACGGGACGCAAGCUUGCAAGAUUCGGAUUGAUAAAGGAAUUGCGGGUUAAUAGUGGAUUUGGCGGAGUUGUUUUGAGUCCCACUGGAAAACAAUGUGUCUCCCAAGAGGAUCUUGAGUUGAUCAAAAGAAGAGGUUUAGCUGUUGUCGAUUGCUCGUGGGCCCGUCUAGAGGAUGUGCCCUUCACAAAGCUGCGGUGUGUCGCUCCUCGUCUUUUACCUUGCUUGGUAGCCGCAAAUCCAGUAAAUUACGGUCGUCCUUGUCAGCUUUCAUGUGUUGAGGCAUUGGCUGCAGCUUUGAUCAUAUGUGGAGAGAAAGAAACUGGAAAUCUAUUGCUCAGCAAAUUCAAGUGGGGCCAUGCAUUCUUGUCCCUGAACAAGGAACUUCUUAAGGCAUACUCUCAAUGCCCGACUGGUGCUGAGAUGAUUACGGUACAAAACGAGUGGCUUUCGCAGCAAAAAUCGCCACCUCCAAACGAGCUCACCAAUACAAAAGUAGAGAAUUCUAACAAGGAAGAUGAUGGAUUAUCAAGCGGUUCUGAAGAUGGGCUUCCUCCACUCGAAAGAAAUAUGAAUCACUUACAAUUAGAAGAAAGCGACGAAGAAAGUGAAUGAAAUAUAUACUAUUAAUCUUGAAAGAGGGUGUGUCAUCAUCUACACUCCAUAACUUAUGUUCACAUGUCUAGUAAAGCUAGUUAAGCUCGGUUUUACCAGGUCUGGUACCACAUUAAAGCAAGCUUUUUUUUUUUUUUUGGUGUUUGAUAACUCGUUAUAAUUUUGUUAACUUCGAGAUUUUCUACAUUUUUUUCUUCUUGUUUUUGCCUUUGCUUCAUAUAUAUAUAUAUAACUUUUAUAUCUGCAAUGUAUUAGUAUGUAUACAUAUUUUGCGCACAUGCAUAUUAUGUGUAAAUCUACAGUAAUAUGUUAUCUGA